AUGGAUUUGGUGGUGAAAAUUGAGGUCAUUCUAUCAGUUUACAUCAUCUCGUUUCUGAUUGGCUUCCCCGCCAAUCUCCUGGCUCUUUAUGCCUUCAGUGUCAAGAUCUACUGCAAACCACGUCCAACAGACAUCCUCCUUCUGAACCUGACUGUGUCCGACCUGCUCUUCUUGAUCGUUCUUCCUCUCAAGAUGUACGAGGCAUCGUCUGGCAUGACUUGGAAUCUGUCAAACGUCUGGUGCAGCAUCACCGCCUUCACCUUUUUCUCCACAAUCUACACCAGCUCCUUGCUGCUGAUGGCUAUCAGCAUGGUCCGCUACUUAGCAGUGGCUUUCCCUAUCACCUAUCAACAACUGCAGAAACCCGUGUACCCUAUCGUCAUCAGUGCGGCCAUCUGGCUGAUCUCAGCAGGACACUGCAGCAUCACGAUCGUCAUCCAGCACCACCCGUCAAUGUCCAGCUCCAACUCUUCUGUCUGCUAUGAAAACUUCACAGAGAAGCAGUUGGAGGUUCUCCUCCCAGUGCGUUUAGAGUUCUUCUUUGUGCUCUGCCUCGCGCCGCUUUUGAUUUCAACUUACUGCUACCUGCGCUUGAUUUUGAUUCUGUACAGCCGUCCCAGGAUUUCAAGGAUGCAGAAGAAAAAGACCAUUGGGAUGGCUUUAGGGACUCUUGCCGUCUUCCUCAUUUGUGUCCUGCCAUACAAUUUUUCUCAUUUACUGGGUUACUUCCAGGGUAAAAGCCCACAGUGGAGGUACUACACAUUGCUGCUCAGUACAUUAAAUGCAUGUAUUGAUCCCAUCAUCUUCUAUUUUUCCUCCUCAAUCUUCCAUUGCACCAGCAAAAAAUCCAUUUUAAGGAAGCAUGCAAUACAGAGACAGAUGCAGGGCACUAGUUCUACCUGA